AUGGCUGGUCGUCGGCAGGAAAAAAACAAAGCGACUGCGCUACCUCUGCCUCCUCCACAGAAUGCCCCCGAGAGACCUGAAAACUCCGAGCAACAAAUUACAGCAUUUUGGGCCAUUCAACUAAACAAUGUCAAGCUGUGGGUGCAUCUUGAAGGCCAUGCGAGAGCCAAGAAAGUGGGAGUUGCAAACGCCAAGGAUCUAGAUGACCUUACACCAAUACUCCAGAGCAAGUUUCAAUCCCUGCGUUCCGUUGAGCAAGCCGACAUACAAUUCUUCGUAAGAAAGUCGCAUACGAAUCCCCUUCCCCCUGGCACCACUAUUGAAGAAAUCCAAGCGAAUAACACCGACAAAGUGCCGCUUAUCGUGCGGUACCCACUUUCAAACGACACCGUCGGUAUAGAGGUUACGCACAUCAAGAGUCAUAUCAAAAUCUCUCUGGCUCAUUCCACCGGUACCUG